AUGGAAAACCGGCUAGAUUCUUUGGACAGCCCUAUGAUUUGUGCCAAGGCAUUAGCGCUGGUUGCUGCGCGCUUCAAAACAAUCACAUCUCUCCAGGAAAUCAUCGUCGAGGUUUAUGAGGAAGGUCCAAGCUCAGAUAUCAGAAGGAAAAUGGAGAGUCAUGGAUGGAUACUCAAUGUGGUGGAGCCGGUUGAAGAAGAGGAGUGGAACGAAGACAGAUCUUGGGAUGAUGUUGAAGAUGAUGAGUUUCAUUAUGAUGAUUACGAUGAUGAUGACUACGAUAUUGACAAUGAUAGUGACUUUUGGAGAAGGGCUGCGGAUUAA